CGCAGUCGUAUGAAUAAAGAGGACUAAGGUCACCACCACUACCAUCAUGUUCUCCAACUCAGCUUGAGAUGCGGUGCCUUCAAUUUUAAAAACCUACAGCUGAAGAAAAACGCCAUUCUCUCUCUCUCCUCGUUCUCUCUCACACUCGACCUUCCGUUUUCCGGCGGAUCACAAUCGGAAUCUCCACCGUGGUUGUUGCGAAGCGAUCAAAAGGAUGUUUGACGGUAUCUUAGGCCGCGGAUUCGCUCCCAAGGGGAAACCACUGAUAAAACUGACUAAGAAUCGGAUCGAUGUUCUUCGGAGGAAGAGGACUGCGACGAUCAAGUUUCUCAAGGGAGAUUUCGCUGAUCUUAUCUCUAAUGGCCGCGACGUCAAUGCUUAUACCAGGGCGGGAGGCCUUCUUGAUGAACUAAGGCAUCUCUGGAAUCUUGAUUUUGUUGAGAGCACUUGUGAUUUCGUGUAUAAGCAACUCUCUACCAUGCAGAAGAUGGAGGAAUGUCCAGAAGAUUGUCGUGAAGCUGUGUCGUCCUUAAUGUUUGCAGCCUCUGGAUUUUCUGAAUUGCCUGAGUUGCGUGAACUGAGGCAGAUGUUUCACGAAAAAUAUGGAGAUUCACUUAGUGUGUUUGUCAACCAAGAGCUUGUUGAGAAUAUGACCUCAAAGCCAUUCUCGUUGGAGAAGAAAGUGAAGUUAAUGGAAGAUGUUGCAUCGGAGUUCGCUAUUCGUUGGGAUUCUAAAGCUUUUGAGAAGAGGAUCAUGAGACAUAAUGGUAGCUCAGCAAAGGAGACACCAAAAAGUACUUACGACAAGCACAAGCCUGUAGACGUAAACAUGGCCUUGCCACCAGAAAGGAAAAAGGAUGUUGCAUCAGAAAGAAGAGAUCCUUUGUUUCGACCAGAUAAUUAUCAUAACGGUGUCAGAGAACAUCAGCAUGGGGUAACAUCUAAAGAUAAGCCAGAUGAUGUUCGUCACGCCUCCAGAUCGGGAAGCAAGGAUGAUAAGGCGGAAAUAAAUGAGUUCCAUUUGCAACCUAAACAGCAACCUUCCAGAGGAAGACCUCAACCUCUUUUUAACGAAGGUGACACUAUAGUGAUGAAGAUCAAACGUGAGAAUCUCGUUCAAGGGAUUGGACAUCAAAACGGUGAAGCUGCUGCUGCGCCUAAGAAAAAAGAGGUGUCAGAGAAACCCAAGCGUAGCAGCACCAAAACAGAGGACAAGCUAGUUCUUGGCUUUAAGCAAGAAAGUUUCUUCAAAGGAUACAAACAUGAGAAUGGCGAAGAGCAUGCGCCUCAGAAAGUGGAAGAUAACCUCUCAAUGCCUCCAAAGCCAAGGUCGAAAAGAACAGUACCUAUAGAUUCAGUCCGUAGACAUCGCAGCGAUCAAGAAAGUAGAGAAAAUGCAGUUCCUGUGGGAGAAGGCACAGGAAAUGGUUCAUCUGGUUGUAACAUCAAGGUUGGUGGAGAUGAACAUGAUCCAGCAAGUAAGUUUGAGGAGCGAGAAACAGAGAGAAUGAUGAAGUCACCCUUGUACAAAUCCCUUCCCCCACCUCCGUAUGUUAAACCGAGUGGUAAAGCAAAGAUUGAAAAACCUGAAGCUUCAAGUAAUCCAAAGGCUCGGUUCGAUGGUGAAGAAGGAAAUAUUCCAGACGUUGAUAAAAAGGUUUCUGAAGCAGGUCAGCUUAAAGUGAAUGACAUAGAUGAUCAAUCUCUGAAGCGGCGAUCUAGUAGAAGAAAACACAGUAUACAAUCGGUUGAUGGUGAUGAUGAUACAAGAAGCAGCAGAAGAAGGGAACACUCAAGGAAAGGCCUUCAAGUCUUAAUAGAUGAAGAUGAGAAUGACAGUGAGGAAAAGAUGAUGGAUAAACUUCUGAUGCAUUACAGUAAAAAGCCUUCGAGUUAUGAAAAGAUCAAAGAAGAAUCUAAAAGCAGACGUUCACAUCAUAGAAAAGACGAAGGUGAAGAGAUUCAUCAUCCCGCUCGGUCACUUAGUCUCCCCAGUGAGCAAUUUGCCGGACCAUCUGAACCCGCAAAGACGUUUGCUCGUGCCUCCUCGUUUCAGCCAGAACGUAGUGAAGCUAAGCACGUUCACCCCAAGUUACCUGACUAUGAGGAUUUGGCUGCUAGAUUUGCAGAGCUAAAAGGAAGGUAAUGUUUUGAACAGUUGAGAAAUAUAGUGUGUCUGUACGAGAUUAAAGAUUCUAUUACCCAUUACUCACAUCUUCCUAUUACUUCCCCAUUGUUGGUCUGACACAUUGUUAUGGACCCCCAAAGAGCUAUUGAUCAUCUGUUUCCGUAUGGGUUUCA